UUACACUGGAAGAAGAGAGCACUCCUACACCAGAACCACAUGUUGACUUGAAGCUGGCCACAGACUAUCUCCAGCAGUACUACAACCUGAAAAAUGAUCCUCUGGGACGUAUAAAACGGAGUGGACCCUCCUUCACCUCUAAGGUGAAAGACAUGCAGAUUUUCUUUGGGCUGAAUGUGACAGGCACGCUGGACUCAGAUACCCUGGAGGUGAUGAGGAGCCCUCGAUGUGGCGUUCCAGAUGUGGAGGACAUUGGCAGGUACACCAGAGAUUUGCCUCGCAGCACCGUGGACUCUUUGAUCGAGUCAGCUUUCAGCGUUUGGGCGAGAGCCAGCAGUCUGACGUUUGUCAGGUCAAACACCCACAAUGCUGACAUCAUGGUGGAGUUUGUGACCUAUGCGCACGGUGACUUGUUCCCAUUCGAUGGUCCCAGAGGGACCCUGGCUCACGCUUUCGGUCCCGGAUCAGGAGUUGGAGGGGACACGCAUUUUGAUGAUUCUGAACACUGGACAGCAGGAGAAGCAGGUUUUAAUCUCUUUGUAGUGGCAGCUCAUGAGUUCGGCCAUGCUUUGGGCCUGAAGCACUCCAGAAACCCAGAGUCACUGAUGUAUCCAAAUUACAAAGCCUUCAACCCAGCCAACCUGUUAUCAAGCGAAGAUGUAGCCAAUAUCAAAGCACUUUACAGUCCUGUCAGAGGUCAUCUAAAUAAUGUUUUGACGAACAGCUGGUUGUUUGGAUCACUGUUCCCUCGACUCAUGCAGGACAAAUGUGCAGCAGACCUGACCUUUGAUGCAGUGUCCACUCUUGGGGAUGCCACUUUCUUCUUUAGAGAAAGAUAUCUCUGGAUAAAGCAUAAUCAGCGGGAUGACAUUAAGGAAGGUCCCAUCUCCAACUUUAUGCCCAAGAUUGAAACCAGCAUCGAUGCCGCCUUCUGGGUACCUCGCAGAUCCACUGCUUACCUUAUUCAUGAAUCCAUAUUCUGGACAGUGAAAGGCUCUCGUGUGAAGGGAAAGGCCAGAAAACUAAGUCACUUUGGGUUUCCAGUGUGGGUUCAGGAGGUUGAUGCAGCAGUGCACAUCCCCAAAACAAGACGCACCCUCUUCUCGCAUGAUAUUUACUGGAG